AUGUCUAAGGAAGGGAAGUUACCUGUUCUUAGCAGUACCAAUUAUGCUUUCUGGAAAAAUCGCAUUAAGACUCACAUCAUAUCUACUGACCCUUGUGCUUGGGAAGUAGUCACAAAUGGCCUUGUUGUUCCUCAGGGACCCAUCUCUAGAUAUGACUCCAUCUCUCUGAAGAAUUAUCAAGCAAAUGCCAAAGCUUGUGAUAUCAUCUUCUCAACUGUCAGUGAUGGUGAGCUCAACAAGAUUAGCAAUCUUACUGACGCAAAAAAGAUUUGGGAUCUUCUCGCUGAAGUCCAUGAAGGGACAACCACUGUCAAAGAUUUUAGAGUUACUCGCCUCAUCAGUCAGUUUGACCGUCUUAUGCUUGAGCCCAAUGAGACCGUUUCUUCACUCUACGAUCGCAUGAGCACCAUCGUUCUUGGAAGAAUCGUGUCCUAUGAACUUGACCAAGAAGAGAAGAGAUUGAUCCAUGGUUCGGGAUCCAGUUCGAAGAAGAACAAUGUUGCACUCAAGGCCAAGAAAUCGUCCAAGAAGAUUAGGUUCAAUAAGAAGUUUGGAAGUAAGUUUGGAAACAAACUGAAGUAUCAAGGUGAAUCCAGCUCCUCCAAGUUUCGGAAAUCAGCUCAUCGGAAGAAGUCUGAUAUGGCUAAGAGAGUUUGCUUCAACUGUGGCAAGAAAGGCCACUUCAUUGUUGAGUGCCCCGAGAAAGCUGAUGAAGACAAGGAGAAGAAAAGCUUCAAGAAGCACUCUCACAAGAAGAACCAUGAUCGUCACAAGAAGAAGGAUUGGAAAAAGGACUCUGCUCACAAGAAGGGCAAGUACUACUCUAGAGCACAUGUUGGUGAAUGGAACUCAGAUUCUUCAUCAUCUGAAGAAUCAUCUGACUCGGAGUCUGAAGGCGGUGUCGCCGGAUUGGCCAUAGCUAUUACAUCUGCCAGAGAGAAGACCUCACUGUUUGACUCUGCAGAUUCAUCUGAAGAUGCCUCCGGAGACGAUCGUUCCUCACCAUCAUGCUUCAUGGCAAAAUCCUCUAAGGUAUCAUCUCCUAGUGAAGAAAUAAACUCUAAUGAUAAUGAUGAAACUGAUAAUGAAGAAUCUGAACCCAUCACAUAUGAAAGACUUCAGUUCAUCGUUGAGAAGCAAGAAGACCUGCUUAUCACUGAGAUCAAGAAGAACACUAACAUGGCUAAUGAACUCAAAAGGCUUAAGUCUAAGUUUCGGGCCAUCUUUACUAGUAUUAGUGAAUCUUGCUCUGUUGUCACUAACCCUUCACCUAGUGAUCUUUCACUGGCUGAAGAAAAUGCUAAGUUGAAGAAGCAGAUUGAGGCUGGUAUCCUCAAGUGUCACCAAGGGACUGAAACCUUGAACCAGAUUCUUGGUCUUCAAAUUCCUCACCGAUGCAAGGAUGGUAUCGGUUUUCAGAGGAAGUACAAUGUUAAUGGUGAUGCUUGGCUCCCUGAGCAAUAUCCCCCUACCAUGUUUGUCCAGGGAAGAGGGAAGUAUAUUGAGGUUCCUCCAUUUGUGGGAAAUCUGAAUCCCCGUAAGGAUGCUUCAAAGCGUCCCAAUACUUCACGUGCUUACCCGAUAUUCCAUGUUAAUGAAUUUUACAUUCUGAAGAUGGGAACCCAUGAAGACAUGGGUGCCUAA